AUGAUUCCAUCAAGAGUUUUAUUAGCCCAAGCCAAGAAUGUCAAGCCAAAAUUCCAAUACCCAGUAGAGAUGACUCCAUUGUUUGCUGCUGUUGGAAUUGCAAUUUGUUCAGCUACUUUUUUCACAUACAGACAUUUCGCUCAUGAUAAAGAAUUGAGAUUAUGGAAGAAUGCUGAGUUGUCGGAAUUGAACAAGGUCUUGGACAAGGCAGCGGAUGAAGAGAAGUAG